AGAAUGGAAGACCGAAAGGCCCGGAAACUGGGCAUAUCUGGCGAUGAUCACGAAAUAAUGCUACGCCUCGUCACUGCUAGAAAUGUACUAUGUACUUAAUGGGAGGCCAACGAACAAAAAACCGGGCUUAGUGACGUGCAAGGCCAUUAGUCAUGUUGUUCGGACGGAUCUUCAAAAACGUAUAGUAGGUAACUUUCCUCCUGCUGUCGGUGCAUUGCUUCGGUGCUGGACGGUAUUUUGAAACGUUUCGUAGUCUUCGUACGAUUUAAAGAAAAUGAGUGUGCAAAAGUUUGAAAUUCAGUUCGACAAUCCCACUUGUGUUUAUUAUGGCGGGCAACAAGUGUCAGGAAGUGCUACUCUCAUUACAACAAAAGAGAAGAAAAUACGAGGAAUAUGCCUGCGUGUCAAAGGGGCAGCAGAUGUACACUGGACAGAAAGUAGAUCAGUGACUGAUUCAGAUGGAAAAUCAGAAACUCAAACAGACACUUACUCUGCACAUGAAUUAUAUGCACAUAUGGAAAUUUGGCUGGUUGGAUCACCAUGUGGUGAAAUGAUGUUGCCUCCUGGAAAAUACACUUACCCGUUUUCUUAUACUCUUCCUCAUAACAUUCCUUCAUCCUUCGAAGGACUUCAUGGGCAUGUGCGAUAUACUGUGAAAGUAAAAGUUGUUCGGCCAUGGAGGUUCGAUUAUGAGAGUAAAGUUGCAUUCACUGUUUUAACCCCUUUAGAUUUGAACUUGGAGCCAGGCAUGCAGGAACCAGUGCAGAAUACUCAAGAAAAGUACUUAUGUUGUUGUUGUUGUCGCUCUGGGCCUGUUACACUAGUGGCUAAUGUACUCAGAGGUUUCGUUCCUGGACAAAAAAUAGAAGCUGUAGUGGAGUGUGACAAUGUAACCACUGAAGAAGUGUCUGUAAAUUGUUAUCUGGAGAAGGUGGUGAUAUUUAAAUCUUCCUGUGGAUCUACAAACCGUUGUCAGAAUACGGUUGCCAUGGAAAGAUUAGGUGUAGUAAAAGCAAAUGCCUCUAAUGCUUGGACAACAAAGUUAACAGUUCCUGUUUUACCUCCAUCAUACUUGAAGUAUUGUAAUUAUAUAGACAUCACUUACUUGUUGUGGGUUAAAGGUGUAAUUACUGGAUUUCACAAUUCUGUCAAUUUGCGUACCGAAGUGAUAAUUGGCACAAUACCUCUCAGAAAUUAUUUCCUAUCAAUAUUUUCUUCGGUUCCUGAAGUGCCUUCCGGUUCUGCUUCGCCCCAAGGAGAAGAAUCACCACCUUCCUUUGAAAGUGCUGUUGUAGCCCCUUCAGCACCUCCCAUGGAACCAGGAUCACCAUAUACGGAUUUACGUAAGUGA